GUGUAGUGCUAGGAGACGUGUGAUUGUGCUGAGCAUUAGAAUAUUCGCUUACAAAAGCUUAGCACAACCCGUUUUGGCUUAGAAUUCCGACGACUGUCUCAUAAAUCUUUGCUCUUCGCUUCAAUCUUUUUGAGGUGUGUGACAAUGGCGGACGAGUUGGUUCUGCUGGAUACCUGUGUCAGCAUGUUUGGGAUGAGGGUGAGGAUCGCGCUGGCUGAGAAGGGGAUCAAGUACGAGUACAAGGAGCAGGACCUGACGAACAAGAGCGAGCUGCUUCUCAAGAUGAACUCGAUUAACAAGAAGAUCCCGGUUCUCAUCCACAACGGUAAGCCGAUCUGUGAGUCCCUCAUCAUCGUUCAGUACAUUGACGAGGUCUGGAACGACAGGUCUCCGUUCCUGCCUUCUGAUCCUUACCAGAGAGCUCAAGCCAGGUUCUGGGCUGACUUUUUUGAUCAAAAGGCGGUGUAUGCUGUUGGAAAGAAGUUAGUUACCACAAAAGGAGAAGAGCAGGAGGCAGCAAAGAAGGAAUUCUUGGAAAUAUAUAAGACAAUGGAGAGAGAGCUUGGAGAGAAGCCUUACUUUGGGGGUGAAAAAUUCGGGUAUGUGGACAUUGCUCUCAUCACAUUCUACAGCUGGUUCUAUGUGUAUGAGACUCUUGAAAAAUUCAGCAUGGAGGCAGAGUGCCCCAAGAUUGUUGCAUGGGCUAAAAGGUGCAUGCAGAAGGAGAGUGUCGCCAAGACUCUUCCUGACCAGAAGAAGGUUUAUAAGCGUGUGUUGGAGUUGUAUGGACUAAAGUAAUUGUAGUCAUGUCAUGUUCGUCGGUUUUUUUUUUUUUUUUUUUUUUUCUCAGCGUCGUUCGAAGUUGUUGGAUUGUUUGGUGUGUGUCCUGAGCGUUUUCUCAGUAGAGCAUAGCUAGCAUGUUUUAUUACAUCGUUGUGUCUGUCAAGUGUUUGAUGAAAUUGUGCCUUUGUCGUUUGUACCAUGGGAGUAAGAAAGAUGUUAUGUUAGAUGAAAAUAAAAUAAUAUAUAUUAAAAUAAUGUUAUAUAUAUUAUUUUUUGUUGUGAA